UGUUUCUCUUCCCCUCCUCCUCUCUCACUCAUAACUCUCUGAACUAAAAAAAUUUCUCUCUCUUGGAGUAAAAGUCAAAAUGGGUCAACGUCUGCCCAAUCCCACCACCCUCUUCACUUCAAAGCCCUCCGCAGCAUGCACCUUCCUCUCUCUCCUCGUCAUCUGCAUUCUGGGCUUUUAUACUCUGCAUUACGUCCACCCUGCACCCUCCUCCUCAAAUCCCCAAACUGCCCUCCGAUUCCGCCGGAUUUUCCUCUCCCACGCCACCAACGCCACCGUCGCCUCCUACCUCCGCGCCCUCACCCUGCACCCUCACCUCGCAGGAACCCGGCCCUCCCUCGACACCGCCCACUUCGUCAGGGCCCACUUCAUGGGCCUGGGCCUCGACACCCGCUCGGCCCACUACAACUCCCUCCUCUCCUACCCACUCCGCUCCUCACUGUCCGCGCAUUUUAGCAACGGCUCCCACGUGGACAUCCCGUUGACCGAACAGGGUCUCUCCGCUGAAAACGGCGUCGUCGGAGCCUACCACGCCUACUCUCCCUCCGGGUCGGCGCACGCUAAGGUGGUGUUCGCCAACCACGGCACGGACGAGGACUAUCGUGCGCUGGCGGAGCUGGGGGUGAACGUUAGCGGGUGUGUAGUGCUGGUGAAGAGAGGCGGUGACUUGCCCAGAGGCGAAGCGAUUGGAAAGGCUGAGCAGAACGGUGCGCUGGCUGUGCUAUUGUAUACCGAGGGGGGUGAUGGGUUUAAAAAGGGUUUUGAGAGGGGGCUUGUGAGAAGCGGCGCGGGGGACCCACUGACCCCUGGGUGGGCCGGGGUUGACGGAGCCGAGAGACUGGACCCGGAGGACCCUGAGGUUUUGAAGAGGUUCCCAAAAAUUCCAUCUAUGCCGCUGUCGGCGAAGGCCGCCGAGCUCCUUCUGGCGACGCUGGGCCGCUCUCCGGUGCCCAAUCAAUGGCGAGCGUCGCUGCCCGCCGGAGUCAGGGGUGUCGGGCCUGGCCCAACAGUGGUGAACUUCACUUACCAGGGGGAGAAAAAGUUGGUGGCAAUUCAUAAUGUUUUUGCUGUCAUAAGGGGAGCAGAGGAGCCUGACCGCUAUGUGCUGCUUGGCAACCAUAGAGAUGCAUGGACAUAUGGGGCUGUUGAUCCCAAUAGUGGAACUGCAGCCUUACUUGACAUUGCUCGUAGAUACGCUCUUUUGAUGCGUUCGGGUUGGAUUCCUAGGAGGACGAUUAUUCUCUGUAGUUGGGACGCGGAAGAGUUUGGAAUGGUAGGAUCUACUGAGUGGGUUGAACAAAACCUUGCUAAUUUGGGCUCCAAAGCUGUUGCCUACCUUAAUGUAGACUGUGCAGUUCAAGGGCCAGGAUUAUUUGUUCGUGCGACUCCUCAGCUGGACAAUCUUAUUGUUGAGGUUACAAAGAAGGUUAAAGAUCCUGAUUCAGAGGGUGCCACUGUAUAUGAAACGUGGAUGUCUGCAAAUAGAAGCAUUGACAUCCAAAGACUUAGUGCACUGGAUUCUGAUUUUGCCCCAUUUGUGCAACAUGCAGGAGUUCCUUCCAUUGAUAUGUACUAUGGGAGAGAUUUUCCCGUCUAUCACACUGCUUUUGAUGCCUAUGACUGGAUGGUAAACUUUGGAGAUCCUUUGUUUCAGCGUCAUGUGGCUGUUGCUGGAAUAUGGGGACUUCUAGCCCUUCACCUGGCUGACGAUUCAAUUCUACCUUUCAAUUUCCUCUCUUAUGUGGAUCAAUUAAAGCAUUAUAAAGAUGUUUUGAGCAGCUUGUUGGAUGGGAGUGUAUCUCUACAUCCCCUCACAACAGCAAUUCAGGAAUUUGCCUACGCCGCCAAAGAAGUUGAACAUGAAGCGCAGAGGCUGAGAGAUGUACAAAGUACAAGUGAGUUGGUAUUGUUGAAGAAGCGGGCCCUGAAUGAUCGGCUGAUGCUUGCCGAAAGAGGCUUCCUUGAUUCAGAUGGACUUGAAGGAAGACACUGGUUCAAGCAUCUUGUUUAUGCGCCUUCUAGUGACCAUGAAAGUGAACUAUUCUUCUUUCCGGGAGUAGCAGAUGCACUAUUUCAAGCAAAGAGAAUGAGUGGGAGAGAAGGGCAGGCCAAAAUUCAGCAUGAGAUUUGGAGAGUGGCCAGAGCCAUUCAGAGGGCAGCCAGUUCUCUAAAAGGAGAAAUUUUCUGAUAAAUGUAUACAAAAAGAAAAGAAAACCUCAGAAACAUCUCCGCCCUGACUUGUAUGUAUGAGAGCAAUGAGUAGAAGAAUAGAUCUUUUUGCCCUGUAAUGUAAACCUACAGUUUUUGUACACAGUAAUAAAGUUAUCUGAAUGAAAUU